UCUGAGCCUGGCCAGUUUACCCGGAUCUUGUCCGAUAUCCUCCAGCUCCGCGCAAUCUUUUACCUUUUUACGUACCCUCAUCGCUCCUGCUCUGGUGCAAGCCUCCAGUAGUACUAUCGAGAUCAGCCGGUCAUAGACUGAUAUUUUGAUCAUUAUCUAUGCUAAACCCGGCAAUACUACUUGUCACUUGCCAUUUGCUUACUCGACUUAUAGAUGCGCACGGCCUCACCUCAACACCUGACAAGGAAUCCACUCCAUGCUAUCAAGUAGGGUCUUUGAUCAUGCAGUACAGAUCCAACUCUCAAGUUCUGAGAAGACCGAUACCCAAGAGACCUAAUAGCGAUCAUGAUUGGCCCCGGAUUUACUCUAUGAGCCAGAGUAUUGACGGGGUCUCACCCGACCCAGUACUUUUCUAUAUCAUGUCUAAAUCAUAUAGAUGUGUUCAAUUUGAACAAUUUUGGUUUCAAAUGAUGAGAACUUAGACGGCCCUUCUAGCUUCUUUGCGGAGCUAUGUCGAUUACCCUAGCCCUAUUGUCUGCG